GAAUUAUUUGCUUGCCUUGAUGAAAUGAAAUAGACAAAUACCGAUAUGAUCAGCUUCUUUUCAGUGUUUGGGGUUUUCUUGUUCUGGUACCAAUGUAUUAAAGUCAAAUAUCUUCAGUCUAGAGGAAAAUAAGUAAGAGACUGGUAAUACUAGAUAAGGUGGUGCUUAUAUUCUCCCGAACAUUACAGUAGUGAAUAAUUUCACUAGACUUCAUGUUUGAAGUACCUGAAGGUCAUAUUUUUGUAUUCCCUGCCUCCUGUAAAUGAACUGAAAACAGCGGUGAGCCAAGUGUGAAAUUAGGCACACACUUAGAAGAUGCAUUUUUGUCCAGUGACACAUUUGCCUGAGACAGGAGCUUAAGGGUCUGUAUAAUGAUGCAAACUCAGAAGUGAGAUCCCGCUGCUAAAAUGUGGCUGGGAAAUCAUAGCUUUUAUAAAUGAUACCUUGACAAUUCUUUCGCUGCCUAGAGCAAUGGAGGAGCAAAGCAGAGAGAGCUUUUACUUUUCUGCUUAACACAUAUGUUUCAGCUUCCUAAACAGUUAAAAAUGUUUCUCUUCUAGGAUGAAGAUUUCCUUACUCUAAUUUUCAAGGCUAUGAUGAAGGAUGCCUUGAAUUCUUCACAUCCAGUCUCUUCUGCUGUUCAGUCUUCAGAGCAAAUCGAAGAAAUGUUUGAUGCUCUUUCUUAUAUCAAGGGGGCUUCACUUCUUUUGAUGCUGAAGCAUUAUCUCACUAAGGAUGUUUUCCAAGCUGGCAUUGAGGUGUACUUGCAUAAUCACAACUACAGAACUGCCCAUAGCGAUGACCUGUGGGACAGCAUGAAUGAGAUUACCAAUGGAACACUAGAUGUAAAGAAAAUGAUGAAGACUUGGAUUGUGCAUAAAGGAUUUCCUUUAGUCACUGUUGUCCGAAAGGGAAAGAUUAUUUCAGUGCAACAGGAGAAAUUUUUGUAUCGUGUAGAACCAGAAAACUGGACAUCAGAUGCAAGUUACUUGUGGCAUAUUCCUCUCACUUAUAUAACAAAUAAGUGCAACUUCACCCAUUGUACUAAUGCAUAUUUACUGGAUCAGAAGUCAGCUAUCAUUGAACUUCCAGAAGAGGUGGAAUGGAUAAAAUUCAAUGUGGACAUGAAUGGCUAUUAUAUGGUACACUAUACUGAAGACUGGAAAACACUGAUUGAUCUGUUGAAAAAAAACCACACGGCUCUGAGUCCUAAAGACAGAGCGAAUUUGAUCAACAAUAUCUUCAACCUUGCACGUCUAGGAAGAGAGUCUCUGGAAAAGGCCUUUGAGUUGAUCAAUUACCUCAACAAAGAGAACAGUACUGCACCACUUACUCAAGCUUUGUUUCAGCUGAGUCUUAUAUACAGCCUUUUAGACAAAAAGGGUGAACAACAGCUGGCAGCACGAGUCAUGCAUAGGAUAGAGCACUUGUUUGGAGAUAAAAUUGAUCAACAGCACUGGACAGAUGAUGGGGCCCUGUCUGAACGAGAUCUCCGGUCAACACUGCUGGCUUUUGCCUGCACCCAUGAUAUAAGAAACUGUAGAGCAACUGCUGCUGAGAAGUUUGAGACAUGGAUGAAGUCUAAUGGAACAAUAAGUCUGCCUAGUGAUGUUCUGAAAGCCAUAUUUGCAGUUGGAGCCAAGUCUAAUGAUGGCUGGGAAUUCCUCCUGAAGAUGUACUUCUCUUCAGUUUCUGAAGCAGAGAAAAGCAAAAUGAUUGAAGCCUUGGCCAGCACUGAGGAUGCCAGAAAGCUGAUCUGGCUAAUGCAGAACAGUCUUGAAGGAGAAAUCAUCAGGUCACAGGAGCUUUCACAUAUCAUAGCAACUGUUAGCCAGAGUUUGCCUGGAUAUUUGCUGGCCUGGGACUUCGUCAAAGAGAACUGGGAAAAACUUACACAAAAGUUUCACCUAGGCUCAUAUACCAUCCAGAAUAUCAUUAGCUGGUCAACUUCCCAGUUUGCAACAAAGGCACAUCUACUUGAGGUCAAGUCAUUUUUUGAGUCAAAAUCAGAGGAGAGUUCUCAACUGCGUUGUGUAAAAGAGGCAAUUGACACAAUUCAGCUCAAUAUCCAGUGGAUGGAGAGAAACUUGGCAAAGCUACAAGAACUGCUGUAGUGCAUAUGAUACUGUGCUGUGUCAGCCAUUUAGCAGCUCUGUGAGCAGUUAUUGUGUUUCAUUUGCAAAAGCCACGGUGAAACCAGGCAUCAUGACAACAUUGCACUAUUAAGGAAUCUAGAUAGCUCAGGGCAUGUCUCAGAUAAAUUUUUAUUUUCCUUUAAGCAUUUUGAGCAAUAUAUAAGUAUUUACCCUGAAACUGUUUUCAUCUAUAGACCAAACAUCUGCACAAAUGAUUAAAUAUAAUUUUAUAUGUGAAACUUAGACCCUUCCUUCAGAGUUGUGUUAGAAUUUCUUGGCAGUGGGUUAAUGCUGACAGGUAAGAAAGAAUUACCGUGAACUGUUACUUCUUUGCUGACUGCUCACUGAGCAGUAGAUUUUUUUCUUAAUGCAAUACUGUAUGUGGUUUCCACAUUUGUAGAUACAGAAGCUGUUGUGAAAAAGAAUUAUAUUUCGGAUAUGUAAGUAGUAGUGAAUGUUAUAAAGUUCAAGAGGUGAAAUAAAUACGAUAAUUCCAUUUAAGUUUGGAUUUUUUUAUUUUCAUAUUGCUGUUAAGGAAUUACACAUAAAAAAAUAAAUCCUUUGCUAAUAAUAUGCAGCUUGAUAUACAGAA